AUGUCUGCUUUAGAUGUACUGGAUUCAAAAGUCAAUAACAGAAUAGAAGAAGAGUUCAUAUCUAAAGCCAGAGAAAGGUGGAACAAGCUUGGUAUUAUGGAUCCGGAGAGCGAAGAUGAAAGGUAUAAUAAAAAUGUAUAUAGGGAACCAAAAAUAAUCCAACAUAAAAUUAAAGUCAUUGAUGAUGGUGAAGAAAAAGACGUUCGUAAGUUACCGAGCCAUUUGCAAGAAUUUGUUACUUUCACUGCGAAAGAUAAUAAGCAGGAGUCAGGGAGCUCUGGGGCCCUCCUCACAAAGAGCGAAACGUCAAAGAGCCCGCGGGCGCACCGGAAG